UGUAAUGGCGCCUCUUUCUUCGCUUUUGCUAUUGUUUUCUUUGACGGCGAUUGUUGCCACGAGAGAAGUUACUACCACAGACGGUGAUCGAAUUUCCCACUUGGAAGAUGUGAUAAAGACAUUGAUUGAGAUGCAAGAGAAGGAAAGACAGGUAAAUGCUCUUCAGAAUAACAGGAUCAGGAACCUCGAGGAAACUAUGGCGAGAUACGAGGAAGAGAAUACGAAGUUAAAGACUGAAAAUGAGGACCUGAAAAUUAAACUCAAUAAGAUGGAAAUAUCAUUUGGGGAGAUGGACGCCCGAGUGAAGAGAUUACAAUGGAAAAACCUCAGUUUGAUUAAGACCGUUAAAUCUAACGCUAAAAUAAUGAAUAAUAUUCAGUUUAGAAUCUUGCAUUGUAGCAAAGAAAGACUUGAAAGUUCUAUGCAGCCUGAAAAGUCGAUAUCGGUGGAAAAUGAAGAAUCAGAAGAAUCGUUCAUUUCCACCGAGUCUAAAGGGGAAUCAGAAUCAUUGGCGCCAUCUCGCAAACGGCUCUUGACAGGUAUACCUACAACUCAACUUAAUGGCGUUGCCUUUUCUGUCUACUUGAAAACGCAUGAAACGCCUUUAGCAGUGCAUCAAACAAUCCUGUUUGAAGGCAUUUUGAGCAAUAUUGGAAAUCAUUACAAUCCACACACAGGGGCCUUUACAGCACCCGUACAUGGAGUCUACGUCUUUACGUGGAACCUAUAUUGUCGUGUAGAUGAAGGGCGCAUUUUCUCCGAAAUUGCAGUUAAUUCCAAUGCAAUAGCUAGCAUGUUUACUUCCAGUCAAGGUGCUACGGGUAUCCGUACAACCACCGGAAUCGUCGUGGCUGAAGUAAAUAAGGGGGAUAUAGUAUUGGUUCGGACACAUCCCAGUAACAGUCAUUACGGAAGUCUUUAUAGUGAUCCAGCUUGGAGAUCGACAUUUAGUGGAUGGUUAUUAUUUUGAAAUAAAACAACUAUUCUACUGUGGAAAA